ACAGCUCGUGAAGAGCCAGCAGUGAGAGUGUGUGGAGCUACAGGAGAGAUUCCUGUUUCAGCAGCCUCUCUCCCCCGGGGGGAGACAGCACUCCCCACUCCCUCUCAGUCUCCUCGCCUCUGUCUGGCCUCAGCAGCUCUUUCACAGACCCUGGAGUCCCUCACUCGACAGUGUCCCAAUGAUUGCCCACACAGCUCCCAACCAGUCCCUGGUAACGGCUCCUAAUCUCAGCGCAGUCAACAGCUCCAAUGGCUCACUCAUUUGCCCCGAAGGUAAUUUCUGGGAGUGGAUGUACACCUUUCAGCCGAUUUACAUCGUGGUGGUGUGUGUCACUGGCGUUGUGGGGAACAGCUUUGUCCUGAUCGUCCUGUGUUUACAGAAAGGACGUUGCACGAGGCCAGAGUUCUACCUGGGGAGUCUGGCUGGGGCUGACCUGCUCCUAUUGGUUGGCCUCCCCUUCUGGGCUGUUAACAUUGCCCUCCACUACGAAUGGCCCUUUGGAGAUUUCCUGUGCCGUUACGUCAACUCGGUGAUCUAUAUGAACUUUUACAGCAGUGUCUACUUCCUGGUGAUGGUCAGCAUUGACCGCUACCUGGCUCUGGUGAAAGUCCUUCAUUACAGCAGAAUACGGACACUCUCAUGUGUCAAGAUCAACUGCUUCAUCAUCUGGAUGUUCGGCUUGCUGAUGAGUAGUCCCAUCAUCAUAUUCCGAAGAGUGAUCUAUGUGGAAGACAGUGCCCCAAUGAUUGUCCACACAGCUCCCAACCAGUCCCUGGUAACGGCUCCUAAUCUCAGCGCAGUCAACAGCUCCAAUGGCUCACUCGCUUGCCCCGAAGGUAAUUUCUGGGAGUGGAUGUACACCUUUCAGCCGAUUUACAUCAUGGUGGUGUGUGUCACUGGCGUUGUGGGGAACUGCUUUGUCCUGAUCGUCCUGUGUUUACAGAAAGAACGCUGCACGAGGCCAGAGGUCUACCUGGGGAGUCUGGCUGGGGCUGACCUGCUCCUAUUGGCUGGCCUCCCCUUCUGGGCUGUUAACAUUGCCCUCCACUACGAAUGGCCCUUUGGAGAUUUCCUGUGUCGUUACGUCAACGCAGUGAUCUAUAUGAACUUUUACAGCAGUGUCUACUUCCUGGUGAUGGUCAGCAUUGACCGCUACCUGGCUCUGGUGAAAGUCCUUCAUUACAGCAGAAUACGGACACUCUCAUGUGUCAAGAUCAACUGCUUCAUCAUCUGGAUGUUCGGCUUGCUGAUGAGUAGUCCCAUCAUCAUAUUCCGAAGAGUGAUCUAUGUGGAAGGUUUGAACAUCUCUGCCUGCUUACUUGAUUACCCUAAUAAGUAUUGGGUUCUGAAGAUGGACAUUCUGAUGGUUGCCAUUGGUUUCCUGAUCCCUGCGUUCAUCCUCAGUUUCUGCACAUUUCAGAUCCUGAAGGUCCUGAGAAACAACCAAAUGCAGCGCUUCAAGCAAGUGCGAAGGGAAAGCAAGGCAGCCAUCUUGGUGCUCGCUGUCCUUUUGGCCUUUGUCAUUUGCUGGCUGCCUUUUCAACUGCUGCGGUUCCUCAGGAUCUUUGUGUUUUCAAACAUCCUGCAGGGCUGCUCAUUAGAAAGAGCGGUUAGUAACAGCAAUCAGAUUGCGAGCUUCCUGGCCUGCACCAACAGCUGCAUUAACCCCAUGCUCUAUGUCCUUGUGGGAAAGCAGUUCAGGAAGAAAGCACGGGAGGUGUGGGUCCGAACUGUGAUCAGGAAGAGAGCUGAAACAAAAUCUCAGUGACUCCCUGAAGACCCACGACACAUUGCCCACACACAAAGAGCUGAUUCUCUCGUGAAUGAGGUGGAUGGCACUAACACCUCUGACCUGACAAUAUUUCUUGUGAUACGUGGCAUUAGUCUAGUUAGCAGCUGGCAUGAUGAGAAAAUGAAUCCAAUCUCUGUAUAAUGUAAAGGAAUGUAAUAAAAUGUCCUGACCCCAA